AUGUUAUUACUGUCAGGUGUGGACAAUGUUUUUGUAAAUGCUUCUAGUCGCCAACUGGCUGCGACAAUGUACACAAGACUUUUUGAAGUAAAUGGAUCAUCAUGUUUUCCGAGUGAGGUGUCAAAAACGAAUAACAAUGGAACACUAUAUAAGACAUUAAGUACAGUCAUCUCUACUGCUCGUGCUGCUCAAGUCAGUUCAAUGGCCAAAGGUUAUGAAUUAAUCCAAAGUGAGGUGUCUAAAGAUGAAACGUUAGCUGGUGUUCUACCUAAAGAAGAUGUAUUCAAAUACUUCAUGCGUUACACUAGCAAGUUUUUGGGAGGUCCAGGGAAACUUUUCCUUACUGGAAAAACGACAAGAUACACUCCUUAUUCCAGUCGCUCAUCUUUGCAUAAAACCAACUGGGCCAAUCGUGCUCGUAAUGCUGUUGUGUUACUUCUGACAAAUAAUGACUUAAUAGGUGAAAAAAACAACUUUUUAGAUAACGUCAAAACAAUUCAAAAGCGGUUAAGUGUUACUUCUUUGAUAUCCGUUCAUGUAUGUACUUGUCCUAUGACAGAACUCAAUAGUAUCUUAUCUAAUUUGUGUGAACCUUUAACAGUUUUAAAUAUGGAUUGUGUUGAUGUUUUUACUAAAGACCUACCUAAUCAUAUUUCUAAUCUAUUAUGUUUAUCUAAGCCUGUAACAUUGUAUUGGUCCACAGGUUGUAAUGUUUUUUCUUAA